AGUAAAUAUAAAGAAAAAACAAAUCAUGAUCCACUUUUUGACUUUAUUGCCUUAAUUUCUAUAUACUAACUUCCCCCUAAAAAAAUCCUAAGUUUUCUUUCUCUUUUCUCCAUAAUGACUUCAAAGAUCAACUUGUCACAAUUUCUCCUCCUCCUCUUCUUCCUAGCACAGUAUGCAUUUGUGAAUGGAGACACCAGUUUAAUCAAAAGCACUUGCAAGAACACCAAGUACUACAAACUAUGUUUCUCUUGUCUCAAAUCCAACCCCACGAGUCCAAACGCAGACACAAAGGGCUUAGCUUUGAUCAUGGUUGGGAUUGGAAUGACAAAUGCCACUUCCACUUCUUCAUACUUGUCUUCCAAAUCUCUUCCACCUACCAACAACACUAGUUUACAAAGGGUCCUCAAAGAGUGUGCAGAUAAGUACUCUUAUGCUGGUGAUUCCCUCCAAGCUUCAGUGCAAGAUUUGGCGGAUGAAGAAUAUGAUUAUGCUUACAUACACAUCACUGCUGCCAAAGAUUAUCCAAAUGCUUGUCAUAAUGCAUUCAAAAGAGUUCCUGAUUUGGUUUACCCUCCUGAGAUUGCUAGUAGAGAAAAAGGUUUGAAGCAUAUAUGUGAUGUGGCUAUGGGGAUCAUUGAUAAUCUUAUUAAUAUCUAGGUCAGAAUGUCUGUUUGUGGUCUUGUAUUUUAUGGACACGGUGAAAAAAUGAGUGUUUGCCUUGAUCCGCAAUGGAAUUUCAGAACACUGAUUUCAGCCAUCCACACUGGCUUCCGACAGUUUGGCGGGCGUCAUAUGAAGGUGAGGAAAGUAGAGUAUCGUUGUCCAUACAUAAUGUUGACUGAUGCAAGCCCCGAUGGUACGUACAUGUAUUACCUGGAUCGUAUAGAAAAUGAUGAAGAUGUCCAGUGUAUGUUUUCGGCACAUAGUGGUGAAGUUAAUAGAGGAGUUGAAGGUCCACUUGUGUUGGUUGUUGUUGUUGAUUAGUUUUUUAAUUACCAGUUGUGUUGGUUGUUGUUGUUGUUUAGUUAAUGUGGUCGUACUUUAUAACCAUAACCCUUUGAUUAACAAAUGUAUUUCAUAAUUAUUUGUUCCCAAAAGACAUUAGAAAUACACAAUGGUUUAUAUA